AUGGAUACAAUAGACAGAGAGCAUUGCGAUUUACGUGAUUUUGGGGCAGGCAUUGGACACUUGGAAGCUCUCCAGCUCCUGACUGGUCUGGCGCGCACCCACUGUACUGACAGGAGUGUACUGCUCCCUUUCUCACGUGACUCGGCUGCGAUUAUUUCCAUGGAGGACCUUCUCUAUAAUAUGUUUCUUUGUGUUAUUAUUUCAGUUGUAAUAUUUUUCUUUAUAUUCCGUUCAUCUCGGAGCCGGCGUCUCCGGUUGCCGCCGGGGAGUCUGGGGCUGCCUUUUGUGGGGGAGACACUUCAGCUUAUUGCUGCGUACAAAACUGAGAAUCCUGAGCCUUUCAUUGACGAGAGGGUGAACCGGUUCGGUUCCAUAUUUACCACCCAUGUUUUUGGUGAACCGACGGUGUUCUCCGCCGACCCAGAAACGAACCGGUUCAUAUUGCAGAAUGAAGGGAAGCUGUUUGAGUGUAGCUACCCGGGUUCGAUAUCGAACCUUUUGGGAAAGCAUUCUCUUUUGUUGAUGAAAGGGAGUCUCCACAAGAGAAUGCAUUCUCUAACUAUGAGUUUCGCUAAUUCCUCCAUUAUUAAAGACCAUCUUUUGGUGGACAUCGACCGGCUAGUCCGGCUCAAUAUGGACUCCUGGACCGACCGGGUCUUCCUCAUGGAAGAAGCCAAGAAGAUUACAUUUGAGUUAACAGUGAAGCAACUGAUGAGUUUUGAUCCUGGAGAAUGGACGGAAAGUCUGAGAAAAGAAUACGUUCUUGUUAUUGAAGGCUUCUUCACCGUCCCUCUGCCCAUUUUCUCCACCACCUACCGCAGAGCUAUUCAAGCGAGGACGAAGGUGGCAGAGGCGUUGAGUUUGAUAGUGAGGCAGAGGAGAAAAGAGAGUGAAUCGGGUGAGAGAAAGAGUGACAUGUUGGGUGCACUUUUGGCCGGAGACGGUGGGUUUUCCGACGAGGAAAUUGUCGAUUUCUUAGUUGCUUUAUUGGUGGCUGGCUAUGAAACCACCUCUACUAUUAUGACUCUCGCUGUUAAGUUCCUCACGGAGACCCCUCUCGCUUUGGCUCAACUGUAUGAGGAGCAUGAGGGGAUCAGGAAGAAGAAGAAGAAGGAAGAGGGUCUUGAAUGGAGUGAUUAUAAAUCAAUGCCAUUUACUCAGUGUGUUGUUAAUGAGACCCUGAGAUUGGCAAACAUAAUCGGUGGAGUAUUUAGAAGAGCAAUGACUGAUAUUGACAUUAAAGGUUACACAAUUCCAAAAGGAUGGAAGGUUUUUGCAUCAUUUAGAGCUGUACAUUUAGACCAUGCCCAUUUUAAAGAUGCUCGCUCUUUCAAUCCAUGGCGAUGGCAGAGUAAUUCAGGAGGAACAAGUUCAGUGAAUGUGUUCACCCCAUUUGGAGGAGGGCCACGGCUGUGCCCCGGUUAUGAACUUGCCAGAGUUGAGCUCUCAGUUUUUCUUCAUCACAUAGUCACUCGUUUCAGUUGGGUUCCAGCUGAAGAGGACAAGUUAGUUUUCUUUCCGACGACUAGGACGCAGAAGAGGUAUCCAAUUAUUGUUAAGCCUCGAAAUGUAGAAGAAGAAGAAGAAGAAGAAGAGUAAUCAUGUUUUAAUGUUGUAUUAGUAGAAUAUUAUUAUGUAAAUUAUCAUAUUUACAUUUAUUAUUUAACUAAGCCGCCCUGUUAAUUAUUAUUAUUAAUAAAGGUUAGUGGGUAUCAAUU